CCAGGAUACCGGGCUCUCACGGAGGCUCCCGAUGGCAGCCUGUGCCUGGCCAUGGAAUUCGGGGGGGAAAAGUCCCUCAACGACCUGAUCGAGGAGAGGAGGGAGAAGGGCCUGGGCCCCUUCCCGGCCACAAACAUCUUCCAGGUGGCCCUGAGCAUGGCCAGGGGGCUCAAGUACCUGCACGGAGAGAAGAAGCUGCUGCACGGGGACAUCAAGUCCCCCAACGUGGUGGUGAGGGGGGACUUCGAGGCCGUCAAGAUCUGCGACGUCGGAGUGUCCCUGCCCCUGGAUGAGAACAUGACCGUGAGCGACCCCCGGCUCUGCUACGUGGGCACCGAGCCCUGGAAGCCCAAGGAGGCGCUGGAGGAGGGCGGGACCAUCACGGACAGAUCCGACAUCUUCGCCUUCGGCCUCACGCUCUGGGAGAUGAUGACCCUCAGCAUCCCACACCUCCAGCUGGACGAAGGUUUGGAGGCUCCACAUUCCCGUCCCGGCUGA